AUGGGCGGUUGUCGUUGUUUCUUUCGUCAUUGCCGAGUAAAUAGCUAUAAACAACCGCGAAUUCAUUUCUUUCACGUUCCUCUUAAGGACGCAGAACGCAGCAAGCAAUGGAUCGCAUACGGAAAAUUAGAAUAUAUGUUGGAAUAUCCCGCUUCGAAACAGAAAAACGUCAUCGUUUGUGCCAGGCAUUUUCGGGAUGAGUGCUUUAUGAAUUAUAAAAAAGAUCGUUUGUCACAAAGAGCUGUUCCGACAAUUUCCCGUCUCUCCAAGGAUAAGGCAUUAGAUUAUGAGCUGGAUUUGGAAAAUGGUGUUCUAGUAACUCUGCCGGAAACACAAAUGAAACAUUUAAUACCACCCGAGGGAUUCGAUUGUACCUUAGGUUUGGAAAACGACGAAAGCGUUUUGGAAAAGUUGAGGGAACUUGAAAACCCCGUCGAUUGUGAUGAAAUCAAAGUCUUAAAUGGAGAUAUGUUUGCAAAAGUAACUGAGAACGAGUUUGAGAGUAAUAUAUCAACAAGUCCUGUAACCCUUAACCGUUCACUUAUUAAGAGGCCGCUGAAAGUUGUAAGAAAUGAUGAAGAAGUUGAGCCCAGUUGUAGCAAGAAGAUCAGAAUUGAUCAAGUGCCAUUACCUCAGGGAACAAUCAUUGAACUAGAAUCUCCCACAAUUAUUAACCAUCAAAUAAUUGGGGCUGAUGGUAAUGUGUGGAUUGAACAUGAAUCGUAUAAUAUUGCCGAAACCAACAAUGAUGGGGAUUUUGAAUUCAUUGAAGUUCAAUCAAGUGAUGAUGAAGCUUUCAAAAAUCCACAGGAAUUUCAAAAUAUUUCUACAAAUGACACAGCAGAUAAAAUAGUUUUAACAAAUGUCUGUGGGGAGGAAGAGGCGGAAACAAACAAUUCAUCAGCGACUGUCAAAGCCAAUGAUGAAAUAUUUAAUAAUUUGCACCUGGAGUUGAAUCUAAUCAAAAAAGAAAAUGCCACAUUAAAGGAAGAACUGGAAUUCUUUCGAAGAAGAAAAUCAUAUUGCGAUGAAAUCGAAUCCUUAAGAACUAAUUUAGAUUUUAUGGAAAAAGAGAAUGCAAAGAACAAAAAGAAAAUAGAAAAUAUUCAAAAGUUAUCUCAAGUCUCGGCGGGAAAACUAAAAGAACAAUAUGAACAACAAAUGGAAAAUGAAAGAGCUAAAUAUGUAUCAAAGGAAAAUAAGCUAUUGGAACGUAUCAAAUCAUUGCAGGAUGAUUUGGAAACGGCAAGAACUGAAUUAAUGGAAACUAAACAUAAUCUUGAAAGUGUAACAAAAGACCUGGAGAAUUCACAGACUAGAAAUAGGCAAUUGAUUGAAAAACAACUUCGAAAUGAACUUUUAGAGCAAGGGUUGAAACAAAAACACGAUGAGUUGGAUGUAAAAUAUCAACUUUUACUAAAAAGCCAUGAAGAGUUGCAAAAAUUCAAUAUCAAACUAAAAGAGGAUUGCACAAAAUUGGAAAAUCAAUUGCAAAAUCAGGUUUCAACUAUUACCACUACAGAUUCACAGCCGCCCGCAGUGGCUAAACCACCAACUACUCCAUCUGCCAGCACAUUAACCAAGGCUCAACUGUUCAACGGUAUUAAACGUUAUAUCAGCUCUUCAAUGAUGGCCUUGUUACGUAUGGAAAUGUUUGGAAAUUCCGAUAGAGAAUGGAAAACAGAUGAACGACAAGUGGCCGUGGAUAUCUUACGUUUGGGUGAAAAUGUCUAUAAGUACUUUACAGAUGAAUGGCGUUUUCGUUUACCCGGUUUGCGAGAUGCGAAAACUUGGCUUAGUCAGUCUGUACAAUUGGAUGACGAGGAAGAUCUAUGA